GUCUUUCAUCAUUUUUAGAAAUGCCUUACUGUGACAUGAUUACUUGAUUCAACGUUCUGAAGAUGACGGCCACGAGCACGACGACUCUGAUGACGCUCGCAGGAUACCAGCGACGCAGUUUCAUGCAGCUGUCCGCCCGUAGAUCAGCUGGUUAUUUUUGCCGAAAGAAGCUUGCAAAUUUGCAUGCUAAGAGCCAACAACGGCGACGCGACCAGAGUGCUAGCAAAGGUGGUAGGGAUCACCAACGACAGGGUCAGGAUGGAGAUGCACACGGCUCAUCACCACGACCACCAGAACAAGCUCCUAGUGCCAUUUCCGCUCGCCGCGCUGAACUAUCCGAACUGCUCCAGUCGAAAUUUGAUGGGGCUAAGGAUAAAAAGACACUGCAGAAAGCCUAUUACAAAAAAGCGAAAGCAUGCCAUCCAGACCGAAAUCCGAAGAAAGCCCAUGCUUUCGUGGAACUGAAGGCACAGUAUGCAGAAGCAUUAAAGUUGUUUGAGGAGGUGGAGAAAAUGAAGAAAGAGGCGGGAGGUGGAGGGAAGAAAGGAGUAGAUGGAAAUGAUUCUGGUAUGGCGAAGGGAGGCCAGUCUGGUUGGGAUAAUCAAGCAGCGAUGGAUAUUGAAGGUAGAAGUAUAAUAUUUGAGAAACUUUACAAAGUCAAAGUUGUCAAACAGUCAUUGUAGUCUGUACAUGUUGGUGUAACUAACUACUCAGAAGUACUACAUCACUAGCUGCAGGAGGUGUAAUAAAAAUUACUCCACGUGCGUCGACAAAAUAAAACGACCUCCCUCACAACAGCCGCCGCUGCCCUACAAGCUGCUUAUGACAAGGAAGCACGAGCGGAGAUGAGAAACACGGUUUUAUCGCUAGGCUGUUGCAUCGCAUUUCUUUGCUAUUUUUGGGCCAGAGUGAGCGACUCGCGAGAAGACCUGACGAUAGGCGUAGAUGCAAGAGACACCAAGAAACGGGAUCCGCGACAAUUUAUCGCUGAAAAACAGCAAGCUGAGAUGCUGUUCAUUAGGCGCGCCUAUAAGGAGUGGCAAAGGGAGCGGAACAAGAUCAAGAAGGGUUUGGAAGGUAGUUCGGAAACGGAUGAAUUCAGAGAAUCCCGUAGGCCACGGAAGAUCCCAGCAUCGCCCAGACUUGUUGACGAGAAUGAGGUUGAAGUAACUUCACUUAUGAACCGGUCUAGUAGUCUUCGUGCACCGUCACGGUGGUGAUAUGAUCUACAACUUCCACUUUUCACUCAUGGUAAAUUGAUGGUUUCAUCUAGAAAGAGGCCGACUGUAGUACCUACAUGCAUAGUAAUGAAUUGCCAAUUUUUGUAGUAGUAGUCCAAGUCCUCACUCUCCUCGUCUCUCUCUCUAAUUUUCUCUCCGACGUAAGCGGCGCCGACUUCUGCAGCAUGAUUAACAAGAUUGCAAAAACGCAGAAAAAAGAGGAGGUAAUAGAACCAGAACCACAGAAAGAAGAAGUGUACAUUCCGAAAUACAGCUUUCACAACAACUUUGGAAUGAACCUUUUAGAAGAAGAUGGAGGCGCUCUACUGCGGGAUCCUGUUGUGUUGGGAGCGAGAAUGCGAAGGGAAGCAGUAUCACGAGGAGGUUGAAGAUCAUGCCAUUGAAGAUGAGCAGUGCGCGGCCCACAACAAGAACGCGGCCGGACACGACCGGCAUCUUCUAGUAGAUCAAGGCUACUCUUUCCUCUUUUCUUGUCAUCUUCAAGGCUACCCUGAAUAACAUCGCCUUCGGUUAGGGAUCUGGCUGGAAGACACGGGGAAGCCUCAGCUGCUGGGAGAGUGGUCCAGUGAAGCACUCCCAUUUUGACGUGCUGCCACUGUUAACACGACUUGAUGAAGGUUGAAGGUCGCAAAAGCGCCACCGAGUCCGAGCAGAACAACAGCAGCGGUUCUGUAGGAGUGUCGCAGACCUUCGGAGAAACUGCAGACUCACAUGGAAGAAUUCAAAUAUUGAAGUCAGGUGAUGUAGGUCCUCUAGGCGUAUAAUGGCUCAUUUCACGCACUGUUCUCUCCGCUUCAAAGUAUAUUCAAGUCAGGUUUAGGUACAUCGUCAUUGACACAUCGACGACCCUGAAUUCUCUACUUCAGGAUCGCCUGAGGCAGCGCUUCUGAAGUGGAGGAGUCUUCAGCAUUGUAACACCGAUGUUGAUGUUCGUGUUAACUGAUGCUUUCUACUUCUUGUUCGCUCAUGUUAAUUCUGAUGUGAUAGAAAAUGAAGUUGUUCCUCUGCAGAAAGAAUACAUUCUUCUCGAAAGACCAAAUGAGUAUCUUCACAGGAGCACUUGGAACAAUUUGUUGAACACUAUCUUCUUCACCCUUCUCAAGGUAAAAACUAAUACAGCUCGCCCAGUUAUCAUGACGAUAACCAGACUUGCUCUUUAUGAUAUUCUCUUGAUGGUCGAUUUCCUGCAGGACGUACAUUCAAUUAGAGUUACGCGUGGUGGAUGCAGGUAGAGUGUAAUCGUCCAUAGUGCG